CCCGGAAGCGCCGCCAUGCUGAGGGAGGGCGGUUCAUGGUCGCCGCCGCCGCCAGCGGGGCAGGGAGCCCGGGGACGGGGAGCGGGACGGCGGGACCGGACCCACGGACAGGGUGAUCUUCAUAGAAACUCCUAAAGAACUCAAAAUAAGUGCAAUAAGUUGUUCUGAUAAAGUAAAAUGGAUCCUUGUUCAGUUGGAGUUCAGCUUCAAGCUACCAAUGAGUGCCAUAAGACCUAUUACACCCGUCACACUGGCUUCAAGACUAAACAAGAUGUAUCUUCGUCUGACCUGCUGUUGCUUCAGCUCAGGACUGGAAUAACCCUUUCAGAGAACAACACGAUCUGCUUCCACCACGCGAAAAUUUACAUUGAGAGAUUCGAAGACUUACAGAAAUCAUGUUGUGACCCCUUCAACAUACACAGAAAACUGUCCAAGAAAAACUUACGAGCCAUCGAUAUGGAUGAUGCAGCUUUUCUCAGUGCCAAGUUUGGGAGGCAGUUUGUACCUGGUUGGAAGCUGUGUCCCAAAUGUAUGCAGAUAAUAAAUGGAAGUGUGGACGUUGAACCCGAAGAGCGACAAAGAAGAAAACUUGAUCCGGACGGACGUACAGCCAAGGCUUUAAAGUCUCUGCAGUUUGCUAAUCCAGGGCGACAGACAGAGUUCACUCCUGAGACCAGUAAGAGGGAAAAAAGAAGGCUGCAAUCAAAAAUUGCAGCAUUUAAUUCAGACAGGCAAGUUAUACCAGCCAAGAGCAAAGUCUAUGACAGCCAGGGGCUGCUGCUUUACAGUGGGAUGGACCUCUGCGACUGCCUGGACGAAGAUUGCCUGGGGUGUUUCUAUACUUGUCCCAAGUGCGGCUCCAACAAGUGUGGGGCGGAAUGUCGCUGUGACCGCAAGUGGCUCUACGAGCAAAUCGAGAUAGAAGGAGGGGAAAUAAUCAGAAAUAAGCAUGUUGGUUAGUGCAUGUGUGCAUUAUUUAA